CCGGCGGCGGCAGUGGCGGCAGAGGCGGCGAGCGCGGCGCAGGCACCGGCCCGGGAGCAGCAUCAUGAGCGGAUCACAGAGCAAUGACCUGAGAAGACAGUUUCUGCUGGAGCGGCUGCUGGACGCAGUGAAACAGUGCCAGAUCCGCUUUGGAGGGAGGAAGGAGAUCGCCUCGGAUUCCGACAGCAGGGUGACCUGUCUGUGUGCCCAGUUCGAGGCCGUCCUGCAGCAUGGCCUGAAGAGGAGCCGGGGAUUGGCGCUAACGGCGGCCGCGAUCAAACAGGCGGCAGGCUUCGCCAGCAAAACAGAGACAGAGCCGGUGUUCUGGUUCUACGUGAAGGAGGUCCUCAGCAAGCACGAGCUGCCACGCUUCUACUCCCUGCGCCACAUCGCCUCGGACGUGGGUCGCGGCCGGGCCUGGCUGCGCUGUGCCCUCAACGAACACUCCCUGGAGCGCUACCUGCACAUGCUCCUGGCCGACCGUGGCAGGCUCAGUGCUUUUUAUGAAGAUUGGUCUUUUGUGAUGGAUGAAGAAAGGUCUAGCAUGCUUCCUACCAUGGCAGCUGGUCUCAACUCUAUCCUCUUUGCAAUUAACAUCGACAACAAGGAUUUAAACGGGCAGAGUAAGUUUGCUCCUACUGUCUCAGACCUCUUGAAGGAGUCCACGCAGAACGUGACCUCCUUGCUCAAGGAGUCCACGCAGGGCGUGAGCAGCCUUUUCAGGGAGAUCACCGCGUCCUCUGCUGUGUCCAUCCUCAUCAAGCCCGAGCAGGACACGGAGCCCCUGCCCGUCGUGUCCAAGCACGUCAGCACCGAUGCCAAAUGUAAAAAGGAGCGGAAGAAGAAGAAGAAGGUGACCAACAUCAUCUCGUUCGAUGACGAGGAAGAGGAGCAGAACUCUGCUGAGGUUUUUAGGAAGAUUCCCGGGGCCGGGGAGAGCUCCGAGGAGAACUCCGACCGCUCCUCCGUCAAUAUCAUGUCGGCCUUCGAAAGCCCCUUUGGGCCAAAUUCCAACGGAAGUCAGAGCAGCAACUCAUGGAAAAUUGAUUCUCUGUCUUUGAACGGGGAGUCUGGGUACCAGAAGCUUGACGUGAAAAGCAUCGAUGACGAGGAUGUGGAUGAGCACGAGGAUGAAGUGUGCGGAGGGAGCGUGUCCAGAAAGAAGUGCCUGGGCCACUCGCCUGACAAGCCGCUGGAUGUGAACGCCCGCCUCCCCCCGAUGCACAGCUGGGCCCCGCUGCAGGUGCUCCACGGCGACGCCGAAGUCCUCUUCCCCGUCAGCACGGUGGGCUCGUGCAGCCCUGCAGAUGCCCCCCUUGGGAGCCUGGAGAACGGGAUGGGACCGGACGACCACGUUCUCCCGGAGCCUGGGCCCCGGUACAGCAUGGAAGCCAGUCCUCCCGGCCAGGGAGGCCCUCUGAGCAGCCUGCUGCCUUCCGCCGCGGUGCCAGAGUCGAUGACCAUCAAUGAACUGCGACAGGCCAUUGUGGCCAUGAUGAACCGGAAGGACGAGCUGGAAGAAGAGAACAGGUCUUUGCGGAACCUGCUUGAUGGCGAGAUGGAGCAUUCCGCGGCGCUCCGGCAGGAGGUCGACACCUUGAAAAAGAAGGUGGCUGAGCAGGAGGAGCGGCAUGUCCUGAAGGCCCAGGCACUGGCCAGUUCACUGAUAAAAUAUAUUGACAGAAAAAAAUGUCUGCUACAGCAUCGUUGA